UCAACUUUUUGAAAGGUAACAGCGUGUAACUGAUUUAAUCGAUACAAUUGUGAGUUUUUGAAGAUCUUUGAUCAGGCAAAAGCCGACAAAUGUUAGAGAAUUCUGCACAUCAAUAUUUAUUCUCUUAGCUUUUUUUUUUGCAGAAUCUCUCUACCGUACCUUUGAAUUGACUUGUCAACUGUCCGAAAUCCUUGUUAGCGAAGCUGACUCCUUUAUUUACAAACGAGAAAGGUGUCAAAAUGUUGCAUCCACCUUUUGUUUAUAUGUAUUCUUAACACAAUGUAUGUUAUGCAGCUUUUGUGUACACUUAAACGCUGUGUUGACAACUGCGCGACACAGUUUUCGAAGCUGAUUAAACCCGGAUCACGUGAACAUCUUUGACAAAGGCUACAAUUUGAUUUGAUGAAACUUAGAUCACGUGAACAUCUUUAGCAAAGGCUAGAAUUUAAUUUGGCAUCAGUUACAUAUCACAAAGGCUACUAAGGUUGAGACCCGCGGCAAGAUGAUAUCGAUCUUUCGAGUUUUUGUUGCACUAAGUUUAAUUGCCCUUGUUCUGGGUCAUGGCCGACUUAUCGACCCAGCCAGCCGGAACUCGGCUUGGCGAUACGGCUUCGACACACCGAGGCAAGACACAGACAAUGAGCUGAACUGUGGAGGGUUUAAUGUCCAAUGGUCCACCAACAAAGGCAAGUGUGGUGUGUGCGGUGACGCGCACCAUUUAAAGGAACCCAAGUACAUCCACCCAGGAAAGUACGCGACAAAAACCAUCACCAAGACGUACAAAGAGGGGCAGGAUAUUGAAGUCAUCGUGGAUGUUACCUCCAACCAUCAGGGCUACUUUACGUUCAGUGUGGGUGAGAUCGGAACUCCUCCCAUUACUCAAGAGAAGCUAAAGUAUGUACUGAAACAGCCCAAUGGCAAAACCAAGUGGCACAUAAACUCGCAAGGAAAUGACGUAUUCAAGAUCAAGUUGAAGCUACCCCGCGGCUUGACAUGUGAACACUGCGUGAUGCAGUGGUGGUGGAGGGUGGGCAAUAACUGGGGCUGUGAUGGGUCUGGUAAUUGUGGGAUGGGCAAAGGACCACAGGAGACCUUCGUAAACUGCGCUGACAUCAGGAUCACCAAAAGUGACGGAAGCGUGCCCCCACCUCCUCCAACACAACCUCCGGCUCCUACCCAGAAGCCUCCUAAGCCCACAACUCAGAGACCUACAGAGCCUCCACCAACCAACGCCCCUAAUCCGGGGGGAUGCAAAGCUACAGGUCACUUCAAAGGAAACCCUUCCAUGGAUGAUUGGUGCAAAAGAAAUUGCGCCAACGGUUACUGUCCACCCACACAUUGCAAGUGUGAAUAGAGCCAAGAGCCGUCAAUUCAGUUAGUUAAAUGUACUGCCACAGUUAGAAAGCGAAGGCAGGAUCUGUAGACUGGACAAUGCAAACUUUGAGUAAAGAGAUUUAAUUAACGUACGGCCUUUUCAGUCGUGCUGUUCCACCUGUAUCAUACAUAGAUCUAUAGCAAAACAUGGCAAUAAUAGGUGUAGACUGA